GUCUGUGUAACGUGAGAGAUUGCCACGGACUAUUUGGAGAAGAUCAGUUUAUUAGGAUCCAGUUGAAGAUCAGGCUUCUUUCCUCUGAUGGAGGUGUUAUACACCAACUCCUCCACGCUCUUCGUGUCCCACAGACCCAUCAACAAGUCCCUGACAGUGUAUGAGAACUGCAAAGACAUGCCCACUGUUCUGAUCUGCUACCUGGGCCUGCAGUUCGUCAACAUGUUCCUGGGCAUCCCGGCCAACAUCACGGUGCUGUGGCUCAUCCGAAGAAACAAAGGGGACUCCUCCACCUCGGACAUCUUCAUUUUCCACCUGGCGAUUCUAGACGUGAUCUUCUGUCUCUCCCCCCCGCUCGAGCUGGCCAACAUAGUCUUCCUCACCACCACAAGCACCUGGUACGUCCUGCGCUUCUUCUACGGCAUCAAAGACACCUCGCCUCUCUUCCUCUCCUGCAUCUGCCUGGACCGUUACAUGGCCGUGGUCCACCCCAUCACCUUCACCAAGCUCAAGGACCGCCACCACAGAGCCGCCCUGGCCGCCGCGGUCUGGCUGAUCAUUCUGGCCUACGCCGCCGGCAAGUGCGCGAACAGCAUUCCCCACUUCGACGUGGUCUUCACGGUGACGAUCCUGGCCGCGUUCGCCUUCAUGGUGUUCUGCAACAUUUCCAUCCUCUUGGCGCUGAGACAGUCCGGACCCAGCCGAGACGAGAUGCACCCGGUGAAAAAGAGAGCCUUCAAGAUGGUCCUCAUCAUCCUCGCGAUCAUAGUGUUCAACUACUUCCCGCCUGUGGCGCUGUUGCCGUUCAAGAGCUACUUCACGGAGGACGUGUACCUUUGCUACAUCCACUAUGUGGCCUUCGGACUGAUGGACUUCAGCAGCAGCGUUCAGCCGAUGCUCUAUUUGUCCAAGGAAAGGUUGCACUGCUGCCAGAGCGGCGCAACGCAGCUCGAGUAAGGACGUAUUACUGCUACAUAAAUUAUAUGUGAAUGUUGUGUUGUGAAAGAAUAUAAGAUGUUGUUUAAAGUUAUUGAAAAUCGUGCAGUCAUUUCCCCAACGGAAGGCUCAAAACAUUAAAGUUCUUCCCUGUUUUGAAGAAGAAUUAAUAAAUAGCAUAUAGUUUGGAAGUUGAAGUUAACUUAGAUGUUACGUAGCCAUGCAGUCUGGGUAGAGCUUGUCCAGGUUCAGCUACAAGAGCUGAAAUAAAUCAGUCGACUGACCCAUUUUGGCAUUAAACAAUUGUUCAUCAAAUAAAAUAAAAAAUAUUGCACGUUCUAGCUUUUAAAACGGGCGGAUAAUCGGCUUUUGUCUUACAUGUUAUAAAACGUUCGGGUCUAAAAGGAAAUACAACUUGUAAAUUUUCCAUUGUAUUGAGUAACUUAUCACUUCCACUUGCAUCAAAUGUGAGUCACAAGAUUCAACUUCCCCUUCUGUUUAAGUGUGACUAUUUUCAUUGUAAAAUAACAGACUAAAUCUAAAAGAGAAAACUGUAGAAACUAAAGCUAUAAAAUAUUCUGAUCGGAAACUUAAUGCUUGUGCUUAUAUAUGCGUGUGUGUGUGUGUGUGUGAGUGAUAUGGUAAAGCUUCUACUUCAAGGAAUAAAGGUCUUAAACUUCAUCAUAUACUGUGUAGUGUUUUCACUAAAUGUAUGUAGUUGGA